AUGCAGUCUCCUCAAAACUUCUUGGCAGGAUCUGAGGAAGAAUGGACGUACUACCAGAAAACAAAAAAAGGUUGUGACUCGCCGUGGUUGGAGAUGUUGGGUCACUGCUACUUGCAUAACAAAAAGAAAGUCACGUGGGCUGAGGCCAAGAUGUGGUGUGAGUCCAGAGAUGCUUAUCUGGUAGAAAUAGAGAGUUUAAUAGAAUCUACAUGGGUUGCCUUGGCAUUUUUUCUACAGGGUCCUUGUCCAGCGGAUAUCUUUUCCGAAUGUGUAGCUUGGACAGGCGGAAACGAUCUUGUCAUUGAAGGUCAUUAUCAGUGGAACGACUCACCUUUGGCCAUGAACUAUACCAACUGGCUUCCAGGUGAACCGAGUACUAUUUAUCCAGCACAAGGAGAAUCGAGGGACUGCGUUGAUAUACUCAAAAACGGCAAGUGGAAUGAUAGACCCUGUUCCUUCCUUAACUCAUUCAUCUGCGAAAUGAAUUAG